AUGGACUACCUGCUACCCACCAGCACCGACGCCCCGGACAUAGAGAGCAUCGUUCUGGAAGAGGCUCCAUCACCCCUGAACCCGUUGGGGGUGAAGGGCGCCGGCGAGGGCGGCAUCGUUGCCACCGGGGCCGCCUUGACCAAUGCCGUGGUAAAUGCGCUGUCGCCGUUGGGCAUUCAGAUAAACGAGCUUCCCUUGAGUCCCGACAGGAUUAUGGGGUUAAUACGGGAACGACAAGGGUAA